AUGUGUUUGAAUUUGAUAUAUCUGAUGUUUGAAACCCUAGCAUAUAGCAGUGGUUCGAGUACCGUUUGAGCUCUACAAACAAAAGUGUGUGGCGAGUAAUAGCGGUCGUCUUUAUUUUCAGUCGGCGGCGGAUUAAUGUUGUUCAGUUUCAUUGAAGCCGCUGGAUCUGGAAGAAAAUGGCGAGGUCUUGCAUGGCGAAGUGAAGAGAUUGGAGGUGAAAGUCAUAGGGCUGAUUUAGGUGGUGGACGGCCAAGCAGGGAGCAGAACAAGAAGGAACUGGCAUUGAGAGAAAAGGCAUCCAUUCAGCAGAAGCUUGAUUCAAAAUUUGAGGAACUUAGCAAAUUAAAAUUGGAGUGCUCAAGGCUAGAAAAAGGGAACAUGGCUUUGGCAAAGGAGCUUACAGUGCUCAAACUGUGUUUGCAUGAAUUUUUUCAUUACCUGGCCUAGGUUUUGAUUAUGAUGGUGCAUUGCUUACCGGUUCAUUUUUUUAUUACUGGGUGUCUGAUUUGGAUCUGGAGCGACAUUAGAUUGUAAAGCUUGCCUCACUAGGUAAUGAAACCAACGCCCAAGAUGCAAUAGGUGAUCUUAGUCGGUCUUUGGCCAGUCGUAAGAUGUAAGUGCUUAACGUGUCCUAUUCUUCAGUUGCAUACAUUUUUAAACACUUGUUAUUGUGUAAGUCAUCUAAUUUUUACUGAAUGUUGAAGGCUUAGCCCAAUUAUUUAGCUGCUAAAGUUUCUGAAUAUGUUUUUAUGGAUUUGAGAGUGUGAUGGUGCUUAUCUUAUGAAUGAUUCAUAUGAAGUGUAGUUAAUAAGUAUAUGGAAAUCAAGUUUAUUCAUGUCUUAUCGGUAGAAGCAUUACAUAAUUUCAUUUCUAUAAUACAAGACUAUUUAUUAA